UUCUAAAUGAUUUGGUUUCCUAUAUGUUGACUACAAGUUUUACAUUUUGUACUUCUUUCCAAUGUAUGAUGUGAUAUUGUUCCUAUAUUGUUUAAUACUGUCGUCUUCAACUUUAACAUUAUUCUGCAUAUAUUGUAUAGACAAAGAUAGAGAUUCAACUUUUUGAUGUAUUUAUAUUUGGUGCUUAUAUCAUCAGGGGAUAUGUAACCAACCUGGAUACUGGAAAAAUCCAAGGCGUUUCUUUCGUCGCCUCCAAUGGUGAUCUAGUUGGACCAAGAUCAGUACACCGGAAAGCCUUACUCAAUGCUUUGGCAGAUCAAUUGCCGAUUAAUUCAAUCCGUUUCUCUUCCAAGCUCAAUGCUAUUGAGACCCAAGAACAUGAAGGUUCAUCCAUUUCCAUUAUUCACAUGGCAGAUGGGACUGUCAUCAAAGCAAAGGUUCUGAUAGGCUGUGAUGGGAUGCACUCAGUGGUGGCACGCUGGUUAGGACUUGCUGAACCGGUCUAUUCAGGUCGAUCAGCGGUUCGUGGCUUGGCUGUGUUUCCUCACGGCCAUGGACUGGACAGCAACGCGCAAUCAUAUAUAGGACAAGGAAGAAGGGCUGGUUUUGUUCCCCUCACUGACAAAGAGAUCUAUUGGUUUUUUACUUGCACCUCUCCAGCUAAAGGGGCAGAUAUGGCAGAUGAACCCGAAGUUAUAAAAAGAGAAGUGAUUGAGAAUUAUGCCAAGGACCUUCCUCAUACACUACAAGAAAAACACCCUUUGCUGACGGCUAAAAAGCGUCACGAUAGCCAUAAGUUGACGGCUUAG